ACGAGAAAAACAACCACGGAACUGUUGCCUUUUUAUUCCGCAACUUGUCGUCGAAAUGAGAAUAUAUUUAUCACACUGUACAGAAUCUUUAGGAUUGUUCUUGUUAAUCUGUGCAAUAGUAUUUGUGAAUAACUGCAACUGUGUGAUUGAAGACGAUGUGGUGUUGGAGAAAAAAGAUCUUUCCGAACUCUACAACAAGGGUCUGUUCAUCAUGGAGAGUACCCAGCUGAAGCGCUGCAUCUCCUCCUCCUCCUCUAACCUGGUCCUGGAGAGCUGUGAGAGGCCCACCCGCCGUAUGCUGUGGAAGUGGGUGUCUCGCCACCGCCUCUUCAAUCUGGGUAGCAGCCUCUGUCUGGGCCUGAACAUCAGUGACUCCACCCAGCCCCUGGGCACCUUCGAGUGUGACUCACCCCUCCGGACCCUGUGGUGGAGGUGCAAUGGGAAUACGUUGUACGGGGCGUCCCAGCUGAAGCUGUCCGUGGCUGGACGCCUGGUGGUGGUCAAGAGGGCCAGUUAUCAUCAGUGGAGGAGGUAUUCUACACCGGGGGAGGGGCCAUGUGCCUAUCCUUAUGAGGAGAUCCACACACUGUUGGGUAACUCCCACGGCAUGCCUUGUGCCCUGCCGUUCAGAUACAACAACAAGUGCUACUCAGAGUGCACGGCAGAGGGGCGCGAGGACCACCAUCGCUGGUGUGCCACCACCAGUCGUAUCGACCAGGAUGAGAAAUGGGGCUUCUAUCCCAGUCAAGAGUUGGGCUGCGAUAUGUUCUGGGACUCGAACCAGGAGAGCCGUGCGUGUUACCAGUUCAACCUGUACACCAUCCUGACGUGGAGCCAGGCCUACUCCUCCUGCCUGGCCCAGGGAGGAAGUCUACUCAGCAUCACUGACCACACUGAACAGAUGUACAUCAGAGAGCGGUUGGCUGACGUGGGGGUGAUGGUGUGGAUCGGACUGAACCAUCUGAGUGAGAGAACAGGGUGGCAGUGGUCUGAUGGAGCUCCUCUGGCCUUGGUCAACUUCACCUCAGGCCUAUCAUCCAGCCCUCUGCAGGACAACAGACAGUGUGGAGUGUAUAACUCGGGGGGGCACCAGUGGCAGAGUCUGUCCUGUGAGUCUGCACUACCCUACAUCUGUAAGAAGACCCCCAAUGACACCAGGAGAGCUGAGCCUCUUGACAACUGGCAGUACUACCGCACGGUGUGUUCCGAGGGCUGGCUGGCCCACAACCGUUACUGCUAUAAAGCCCUGGCAGAGGCUGAGGCAGGGACCUGGGAGGAAUCCUCCACUGCCUGUAACUCCGUAGGGGCCAACCUCACCAGCCUACACUCUCUAUCUGAGGUAGAGCUGCUGCUGGGCCUGCUGGCUAACGUCUCAGGGUCUGGCUCAGAGGUGUGGAUCGGCCUGAUAAAGAAGCUAUCGUCUUCAGCUGUAGAGUGGUCAGACGGCUCCCCAGUCGACCUCACUCUCUGGCACGAGCACCAUCCUACCCAUAGCAACAGUCAGCUCUGUGCCAAGACUGACGUAAAGGAGGGGAACUGGCUGUUGGCACCAUGCGAUGAGAAGCUCCCUGCAGUGUGUAGGAGAGCAGAACUACUACCUCUACACACCAGUGGAGCAUGGGACGAGGGCUGUCCUGAGGCACACACACACACACACACACACACACACACACACACACACACACACACACACACACACGAUUGGAAGCGGAAGGGCCACUCUUGCUACAUGGUGACGAGCCAUGAGCAGAGCUAUGAAGACGCUGUCAAGGGUUACCACUGCAAGGCUCCUCUGGUCACAGUGGAAAACAGGUUUGAGCAGGCCUUUCUGAACAGCUUGGUAAAUGAGAUGGGAACCAACGGUAGUGUAUAUUACUGGACGGCCCUACAGGACCAGGGGAACCAUGGAGAGUACAGCUGGCUGGGGGGACAUAACGGAUCCACCCUACCCCUGCUCUAUACAAACUGGAUCAGGCAUCAGCCAGUCAGUGCAGGUGGCUGUGUGGCUAUGACAGGCAGCCAGGCCUUGGGUCACUGGGAAGUGAAGGACUGCAAAUCCCAGAAGGCCUUGUCAGUGUGUAAACAGAGCGUCAGUGGUUACCAGGAGGUCCUGUUCCCUACAGUCCAUAUUGACGCUUACGCCCCCUGUCCUCCAGGCUGGGAAUCACACUCCGGCCUGCUCCACUGUUACAAGGCGUUCCACAGUGAGAAGGUCCUGAUGAAGCGGUCGUGGGAAGACGCUGACUUCUUCUGCCAGGCUCUAGGAGCUCAGCUGGCCAGCUUCCACCACUACAAGGAGCAGGUCUUCGUCAAAGGACUCCUCCACUCCAUGUUUGAUGGAACAGAGGGUCGUUGGUUCUGGGUGGGCUUGAAUAAGAGAGACCCCCAGUCAGCAGGAUCUUGGGAGUGGUCUGACGGGACCCCCGUGGUGUCCUCCUUCGUAGAGGAUAAGAACGAGGAGGAUGACAGACAGCGACCUGACCAACGCCCUCCUGCCACAGCCCUGCGACACCAAGCACGAGUGGAUCUGCAAGGUUCCCAGAGGUACGGAGCUGAACAAACCCUACUGGUAAACGAGCCCUGGGUGUUCUACAGAGGAGCAGAAUAUCUGCUGGCCAGGCAGCCUUUUCCCUGGCAGGGUGUUAACCUGGCCUGUAUGAUGAUGGGCGCCCACUUGCUGUCUGUCCACUCUAAAGAGGAGCUCCGAUUCAUCAGAGAGCGCAUGGGGAAGCUCUCUCUGGGGUCCACUGACUGGUGGAUAGGGCUGUCCACGGACCUCGUGAGGGAAGAGUUCAGUGUGUGUGUGUGUGUGGGCAGUUGGAGUGAUGAGUCCGCUGUGGAUUAUCAGAAUUGGGCAGAAGGAAGCUCCCAUGAUGCCCCAGUGAAACAUAAACAGUGCGUGACCAUGUCCUCUAUCUCAGGUCAGUGGUCGGCGGGUGAGUGUGGCGAUCUCCAUGCUCACGUAUGUAAGCGCCGGACCGUGUCCGUGGUGGAGAUUCCCAGAGAGCCUCACUAUAUCGGAGGCUGUCCAGAGAGAUGGCUCUACUUCGGACACAAGUGUUUCCUGCUGCACCUCCCCAACAGUUCUGAGGAGGGGAAGAGCUGGAGAGACGCCCAGUCUAUCUGUUCCUCUUUCCAAGGCACGCUGGUCGCCAUCGAAGACGAGAUCGAGCAAGCGUACAUCACCAUGCUGCGCCAGGGCGGGACAGUGGGCGUUUGGAUUGGUCUACGGGAUGAGGACACCAUGAAAUGGACCAAUGGGAAACCUGUCAGCUACACCAACUGGUCCCCUGUAGAACCCAAGAACCCUCUGACGGAUGAGUGGCUGAGCGGGCCCCUGGGCGGGGACGAUCCUCUGUGCACGGUGGUCUCCAACAACCACAACUUCCACCUGACAGGGAAGUGGUUCGACGAGACGUGCACAGAAAGUGGAUAUGGCUUUGUCUGUCAGAGACCCCAAGACGCAGCUAAACCCCCAUCCCACUCCUACCUCCACCCUUUCCCUGACAAUAUUGAGUACAAGAACCGCAGAUACAGGGUUGUCCGUGGCAACAUGAGCUGGUACGAGGCGCUGCAUAUGUGCUUAGAGUCUGAGUCUGAGCUAGUGAGCGUUACCGACCCCUUCCACCAGGCUUUCCUUACUGUCCUUGUCAAUAGAUUGGCAUUCCCCCACUGGAUUGGACUGUAUAGUCAAGACGAUGGGAUAAACUACCAGUGGUCUGAUGGCAGUGACACGGUCUUCACUCACUGGGAUGCGACCGAUGAUGGUGAUUUCAUCCUGGGGGACUGUGUGUACAUGGACGUCACCGGGGGCUGGAGGAGGGCCGACUGUGAGAUGCCGCUCCAGGGAGCCCUGUGUCAUGUCCCACCACCUAAGAGUAAUGCGUUCACCAGCUACGAGGUUGUGUGUCCAUCGACGUGGGUGAGGUUUGGCGCCAGCUGCUACAGCUUUGAGCCCGUGGUCCAGAGAUUGACCCUGGAGGAGGCCGGAGAGCACUGCAAACACAAAGCGAACACGUCAGAGGUCCUGACCAUACAGACAGAGAUGGAAAACAGGAUCGACCUGGAGCAGCUGUGGUCGUAUGGCUUCCCACAACAAACCGUCUGGCUGGGGAUGUUCUUCAACACUGACACGGGCUCCAUGGCAUGGCUCGAUGGUUCUCCUAUGGACUACUCCAACUGGAACGUCAAGGCCCCAGACCCCAGCCUGCUGACAGCAGACACCUGUGUGUCCACCAGGGUGUCUGAUGGGAUGUGGCUCCUCUCUCAGUGCACUGACAGACUGGGCUUUGUCUGCAAAAUGAACUCAGAUACGAUCCCUGAGGUAGAGGUGGAGCCACUAAAUGGGUUGCACCACAGUGUAGUCCCAGCCGCGGUCCUGGUGGCCAUGCUGAUCUUCGCCGUGCUGGUGGCGGUGCUCUGGCUCGUCUACAAGAGGAACGUGACGCGCUUCCGCAGACUGCUGUCCCUGGGAAACGCGUACUACAGACAUACUAGUUCCCAGGCCACAGACUCCGAUGGAAACGUUCUCAUCGCAGAUCUGGAAGCUCACUCUGGAGAAUAGGGCUGUGUCCAAAAUGGCACUCUUUCCCCUAUUAGGUGCACUGCUUUGGUCAAAAGUAGUGCACUAUAUAGGCAAUGAGGUGCCUUUUCCAGAUGCACUAUAGGACUUAUUGGAGACAGCAAAAUGGUGGUGUUCUCUAAAGUUGGGUAAAUCAUGGGAAUGGGCCGAACUCUGUAUGACUGUGAAGAAUGGUAUGUCUCUGUGUGGGUCUGACAUGGACCACAGCAAGGGAACUUAGAGAAGGAUGUCAGAGCCCAAUUAGCUUUAUCCACUUUAAUCCACAGGAGGCUGCUGAGGGGAGGACGGCUCAUAAUAAUGGCUGGAACAGAGCAAAUGGAAUGGCGUCAGAUGUCUGGAAACCAUGUGUUUGAUACCAUUCAACUGCAGUCAUUACCACGAGCCCGUUCUCCCCAGUUAAGGUGUCACCAACCUCCUGUGCUAUAUACAAGUAGUUGAUGAAUCAGGGACCAAUCGUGUGGCUGAGAGUGAGGGAGUGCAUCUUCGUGUGAAGUAAGUUUUGUCUACAAAGGACUAGAGCUGUUAUCCCAAGUACUUUGACAUUUUAAUGUAGGCAUUUGAAAAUCGAUAGAUAUUCUUUUCACUGUAAGGUUGUUUCGUUAUUAUGGUACAAUGCCAACUGCUCCCACUAAUGCUGGUACCCACUAUAUUUGUGAGUACAAGUCUUUCACGCAGUGAAGACUAGUUUUCUGUAAUGCCUUGUACAGGACCAAAACAAUUUUCUUCUUGUUUAAGAUAACAACGGCCGUGAGUCAGUCGUUCUUUACAGCAAAGACAAAGUCAUGCUUUCGUAAUACAUUCUGAAGUCAUCUUCUAUGUAUUUUAUUCAUGAGCAGAAAUAAGACCCCAAAUCAAUUACAAGUUAUGUUUUUGAAAUCUGAAAGUGUCAUUAAAGUAUAGUGUUUCUUUGUUAACACUUUAUUGCACCAAACUCCAUUAAUGCAACACGGAAAGAUGAUGUUUUAGUUUUUAAUUUCUUUGUUGUCGUUUAUUGCGUAUUUUCCUACACACAGAACACACACUCACACCCUCACAGUAUUUAAAAAAAGUAGUUUAUAAGCACAUACAUGAUAUUCAUAAGAGGAAGUGAAGCAAAAAUAAAGUGAAAAUGAAGGCAUUUAAUUAUGUUUUAUUAUUUAUCAUUACGAGAGUAAUAUUUGUCAUUCACUUACUUCCAUUUUGUUCAUUUGGUCCAUACAUCUGUCAAAAUGUAGGAGUAAAGGAACUUUUAUUGAUGAAACAAAAAUGACGUAACAAAGUGAUGUUAUGUAAAUGGUGGCUUUUUGAGAAAUAAUCCAGUAUUCUAAGUAGACGUAUGUGUGUGUGUUGUUUGUUAUGAGGUAGUCUUUGCUGUGUUACCAGUUGUAGUUUUUGUAUGUUGGGUACACAGAGUUAUUAGAUAUGAAAUAUGUUGAUGUAUUUUUUUCUGUUGUGUGGAUUAGAAAUACCAGCAAGAGGAUGUCACGGAUGCUUGAAAAUUUUUACUUUCUCCUGUUGUUUUUUAUCGAUAAUGUUCAUAACAAAUGCUCUGUGCCUUCAGUGUAAAUAAAACGAAGCUAU